GGGAAAGGCAGAGUGGAGCGGGCUGGCGCGAGUAAGGAUCUGAGAAAUCGGUUUUACCCUGGGACUGGGCUAAACCAAACUAAGCCAAGCGAGGGGAGACACAUCUAUCACCACCAGAAUAUGGUGGAGCUUCUUCCUUCUCCCUAAAUUUUGAUAGCUCAGUGGAUUUGGCUUAUAGGUGUUGAACUAUUACCAGGAUGCUCCGUCGAAAACCUACUCGCCUGGAGCUGAAGCUAGAUGACAUUGAGGAAUUUGAGAGUAUCCGGAAGGAUCUAGAGACCCGUAAAAAACAAAGAGAAGAGGUGGAUGUGGUGGGAGCCAGUGAUGGGGAAGGAGCUAUUGGCCUGAGCAGUGACCACAAGACCCGAGAACAAAUGAUCAAUGACCGAAUUGGUUAUAAGCCUCAGCCCAAACCCAAUAAUCGUUCCUCUCAGUUUGGAAGCUUUGAGUUUUAGAAUUUAUAGAAAAAACUAUCCUGUGCCUUACUUUGAAAAAGCAAUGAGGUGAAGGAAAAGUUAAAAUAUUUACAGAACUGAAUGCUUGAAGAUUAUCGGAAUAAUUUGCCUUCUUGAGAUCCUAGUGAGGCUUAGUUUCUUUAUUCAAGAAAAAUUUGAACUAUAGUUGGUGUCUGGAACAUUGUCAUCUUCCUCUCCAGAGAAAUUGUAUUUUGUUUUUGAAAAUAAAGACAAGAAAUAAAUAAGUAAUAAAAAUAAAAAUAAAGACAACUUUAGAAAAUGAAAA